ACACCAUCUGACGAAUUGUUUUUCUCAAAUCUCAACAAAAAUAGGUCAUUUUAUAACCAAAUAAACAAGCAAGAAGUUUCAAAAUGACAAAAACUGCGGACAACGUAAAUCCCAACGUUUACGAGAAAGGUUCGGAGCGAGAAAAGCUAGCUACUGACUACGACGACGAAGUAGAAGAUUUGUUCGAUGAACGUGAAAUAUUCGAUUUAAUACGCAAUAUAAAUGACCCUGAACAUCCCUUGACUCUUGAGGAACUCCGAGUGGUCGAAGAAAGUAAUAUAAAGGUUGAUAAUAAGGCGAAUAUUGUGUAUGUGACGUUUACACCAACGAUCCCUCAUUGCAGUAUGGCGACACUUAUAGGCCUAUCAAUCCGUGUCCGUCUCCUCCGUGCCUUACCAAGCCGCUUCAAAGUGACCGUAGAAGUGUCCGAAGGGACCCAUGUAUCAGAACAGGCAGUUAACAAGCAACUAGCGGACAAAGAAAGAAUUGCGGCAGCAUUAGAAAAUAAGAAUCUAGUUCAAAUUAUAAAUCAAUGUAUCGCCACUGUAUGAAAGAUAUAAUUAGGUUUGUCAGACGGAUUUUCAAAAAAAAAUUACCAUAUUUUUCAUUUUAUCAUGUUAAGGAAGAUAAAAAUCACUUAAGUUUUGUAGUUGGGGCUAGUGACAUCACUUGCUAGUAAAAAGCGUACUGGUAAGUGACGUCACAUGAGAUUUUAAAUCACUGUAUCCCCUUCAUUUUU